AUGGUAGGCAAGGGUGGCUAUCGCCAGAUCAACAAGGCACUUAACAUUUGUGCUUUCGAGGACUAUCUCGACGGCCAGCAAAAGAGCCUUCCCCCACUAAAUGAUGUCGAACAAAUCAGUCCGAAUGUCCUUCGCGUUCUGGGGCAGAAUCCAGGAAAGUUCACCCUCCAGGGGACAAAUACAUAUAUCAUAGGCACAGGCGAGAAAAGACUUCUUAUCGAUACAGGACAAGGAAUUCCAGAGUGGGCCGAUCUUAUCAGCUCUACUCUUGCCAACUCUUCAAUCCGCCUGUCCGCAGUACUACUAUCCCACUGGCAUGGUGACCAUACUGGUGGUGUUCCAGAUCUCUUGAGACUAUACCCCCACCUCUCAGACUCGAUAUACAAGCAUUCUCCCAGCAAGGGCCAGCAGCCCAUCGAGGAUGGCCAGGUCUUUGAGGUCGAAGGCGCCACAGUCAGGGCGGUCCACGCCCCUGGACACUCACACGAUCACAUGUGCUUUGUGAUUGAAGAGGAAAAUGCCAUGUUUACUGGCGACAACGUUCUCGGUCAUGGGACGGCUGCCGUUGAGCUCCUGAGCACCUGGAUGGCGACUCUACGUCUGAUGCAGAGCCACAACUGCGGCAGAGGCUACCCGGCCCACGGCGAAGUCAUCCCAAAUCUGAACGCGAAGAUCUCUGGCGAACUCGCCUCCAAGGAGCGGCGCGAGCGGCAGGUCUUGCAGCACCUGAACCGCAUCAGGAAGGAAGAGCAAGGUGGCAAAGGGAGUGCCACAGUACAGAGGCUGGUCGUGGAGAUGUACGGGGACACGGAUCAGCAGAUGAGGGAACAAGCUCUCGAGCCUUUUAUUGAUGAGGUCCUGCGGAAGCUGGCCGAGGACGAGAAGGUUGCUUUUCAGCUUAGGGCGGGUGAAAAGACGUGGUUUGCUAUUGCACUGGAAUAA